GAAGAGUCUCGAAGUUCCCGAUUUAAAUACUAGAAUUACUGCCCUUGAAUAGAAGACAAAACGCUAGCUGAAACUUGUUUUAUUGAAAGACACAGAACACAAAAAGUCUAACAAAAUGUACAAGAAAAUAGUGCCUCAAAUAAAAUUGGAAACUUAUGAGAAGGAAGUAUUUGAAAUUGAUUUGGAUAUAGCUAAGAAGUUCGGUAAAUUAGUGCCAGUAUUACAGGAGUUACUGAAUGAUGAUAAACCACUAACCAUCAAGACAAUCAACUCUGGUACGUUGAAAAAAAUCAUCACAUGGUGUACCUAUCACAAGGAUGACCCCCUUCCCCCAGAAGAUGACGAUAACAAGAUGAAACAUUCUACAGAGGAAGUCAGCUCCUGGGAUGACAAGUUCUUACAAGAGGAUGGACAAGCUGCUUUGUUUGAUUUGAUUUCUGCUGCACAUACAUUAGAUAUCGAUGGCCUUUUGGAUGUUGCCUGUAAAGUUGUAGCCACCAUGAUUAAAGGGAAAGCACCUGAAGAGAUCAGGAAAGUGUUUAAUAUAAAGAAUGACUUCACUCAACAAGAAGAGGAUCAGCUUCAGUAUGAAGAUUAAAAGUGAGGAAAGAAAACGAUUGGUGCGAAGAUUGAGUUUUGAUGGUUUUCAAGGACAAUGACAAUAUUUGUUAUUUUUGUGUUUUUAUCAUUGAACUUUCUUGUUAUACCAUAUUUGCCUUACCCAAAAGUUUUGAAAAAUUUAUAACAAAAAUAAUAAGGUGCUUGUUUACCUUUGUUGAUAAUGUAUGCCAGCUUUAAUACAUUUUAUGUAUAAAAUAUUUGCUACUGGACAUUAAGCAAGCAGCAAUGAAAUAACUAAUUAAUCUACAGAAUGUUAAAUGGCCAUUGAACAAAAUUUAACACAAUAAAUUCUACUCAAACUGAAUAAAAGUUCAAAACUUUGGGUAAUGAGUAUUGGAUACCGUAGACUAGCCUCAUAUAUAUUUUCUAUUCAAUUUAAAAAGCGUCCUCUCUUCUAGUUGUUAAAAAAUUUGAGAUGGAAUGAAAUGAUUCUCUAUAGAAAUUUGAAAAUCAGAUAUUUUUAUAUAACCUCUUUACAUUCUUAAAGUUUAUUAAUUAUUGGUAAAAAAUUUAUGAUCAAUAACAGUUUAAAUGUCAAAAUAUGUUUAUUUUUUUUUAUAGUUAAUAAUGUAGCUAUACUUUAAACAUUCCAAAUGAUGGUUAUUCCAAAACACAGUUAAAUUAUGCAAAUAUGGUAGUAUAUCUGCAUUUAUAUGUACUGACAUUGUAUUUAUAUUUUUAGUUGUGAUAUUUUUGAUUUUACAUAUAUAUGUUAUAUUUAUAAACUAACAAUUCCGUCCAAUGUUAUGUUUUAACUUUACAAUCAUUUAGAUAUAGCUUGCAGUAUAACUGUCAAGUUUAUUUUUAUGUCUGCAUUAGACAAAAACUAUUCAAAACACUACUUUUUUUAAAAUGUUUGACCAUAUUAUACAUGCACACAUGUUACAGUGCUCGCAGUUUAAUCAACUUUCAAGCAACAAAACAGGCUCUCCUUCUUUUAACCAUCAAUGAUAAGGGAUGAAUAAAUAAAUUACAUACUCAGGGUAAGGAUGAAGGGAAAUUUUAUUCGCUCGUCCUUGAAAAUUAUUUUUCGUGUUUUGAAUUAUAAAGCUUGUGUAAAUAAUGGCUUCUUUUUUUAAUAUAAUUCUUUUUGAACGCAGUCUAGUUAUCUUAACUUUAAUUCAUAAUUAUUAUUAACUUUAUUUUUUGAAUAAUCAACAAAGAAUAAAAUAUAGGAAAGGAAAGUUAUCUCCCCUUUUCAGUGUAAGAAAGGGGAAAUGAUUCAAAGUUUCUUCCCUGUUUGAUACAAAAUAAUAAAUGGAAACAAUUUAAGAAUUUGUUCAAAUGAAAGUUUUUGCCUUAAUAUUAUGCACAAUUUUAUUCUUGUUCAACUUUAAAAAAAUGCUUAGUACAACUUAUUUCCGUGCAAUUAUGUUUAAGUUUGACCUUUUUCAGUGCCUUUUAAUUUUAAUCCACUAGAAUUAACUGAGUUUCACUGGUACUUGAUAUGUGUUUAUCAAUAAAACCUUUACUUUUUUAUUUGGUGCAUAAUCUUUUGUUUAAAGUGCACAAAUGUAUUAUUAAUUUGUAUCAUAGACUAUUUAAAAAUGAUAUUUUAUUGACAAAUAGAAAUUAAAAUUUAUAGAAAAUGUU